AUGGCGAUAGACGUGGCUGCCCCAACGCUGAGCAGCACAGCAGCAAAACUUGGCUUGGAUCAAGAUCAAAUUCCUCGACCAAUUUUGAACCGGCUCCUCCGCCAUGAUCUGGUGACAUCCGAUUUCGACGACUUGAAGUUCAACGCUGCAGCAUCUCGUCAAUUGCAAUUGGGCGAGGGAGAUGCUCAAUAUGACUCUUCAGAUAUCGAUUCUCGUCUGAUUGCCUCUCCAUACAAUGGAUCACCUCAUCUUCUGGAUUUAAAUGGCCUGGACACGCAAAGCCGGCUGCUAUCGCUGGCAUUAGCAUACUUCACGCCUAUUCGGGACGAUUAUGCCACAGCGGAGUAUCUGGAAUCGUUCAAUUGGGCUCAAGUCUUUGAUCUCUUGAAAUUAUUCUCAGAGGCUGAAGGCCACGCAUGGACAAAACAGACUUUCUAUGUUGUGUCGUUCCGGUCAAUACUGAAGUCGGGUGUUGAUAAUGAUCAUCUCCAUGAUUUGGAUGCGUAUUCCCACCAAGAAGCUACCACCAGUGGUGGAUUAUUGAAGUAUUGGUUCGGUACGAAGAAUGAGAAGAGACAGAACCUGGCAACUUGCAUCUGGCGGAAUCGGAAUGAUGCGAGGUUAGGAGGUCGGGGGCCGUGGCAUGCAAAGGCUAGAGCGGCGGGAAGGGAGCUGUAUGAAGACAUUGUUUUCUCAACUAUGAAGUUGGUUAUUGAGGAUGGUGUCUCUUCUUGGAGCAUGAGUGACUGGAGAAGCGAGGAUGAGUCCUGA